AUGGAGGGAGCAAAUGUUGCUGUGACACAACCUGGGCAGAGCAUAUCUAAAACUACCGAUUUAGCUGAAGGAUAUGACAAAAAAUGUAUUUUUUGUAGAAUUGUCAACCAUGAAAUGGAAACGGAGCUACUCCAUUGUGACGAGGAAAUUUCAUGUUUCAGAGACAUCAAGCCUGGAGCUCCUCACCAUUAUCUUGUUGUCCCAACUAAACAUGUUGGGAACUGCAAGUCACUCGGCAAAGAACACGUUCCUUUAGUAAAACGCAUGGUGGAGACGGGGAAGGAAAUCCUGCAUAAGAACAAUGUGACGGAUCUUAAUGAUGUCAGGUUUGGGUUCCAUUGGCCCCCAUUCUGUUCAGUCACACAUCUACACCUUCAUGUUCUGGCACCUGCCAGCCAGAUGGGCUUCAUGUCUCGCCUGUUCUACAGACUCAAUUCUUUCUGGUUCAUUACAGUGGAACAACUAAUAGAGCUUCUCAACGCUAAAGAAGAAACCAGCUGA